GUGAUGAGCUGACUGUUGACAGCUCUCUUGCAAAGUAAGAUGGUGUAACAGUUAUCUAAUAAAAUAAUGGUGAGGCUCUGAUCCCUACGGCAGUUUGCUGCGCUCCGAACUUGUCUCGUCCCCUGUAACGUUCUGGGUGAAAGUUGACUUGCAGCCUGGCUGUCUGAGAUGGACGGUGGAGAGGAGGUGCGAGUGGAAGCUGUCCCAUACUGCUGUUCCACCUGCGACGGAGGGGAGGUCGCCGGACGUAGCCUGGCUCGACGCAACAGGAAAACCCGCAGCCUGAGCACCUCCUCAGCCAGCACCUCCUCUGACUUUAGGAGGCCUCAGUCGCUUCAUGGACCAAGCCCUGUGACCACAUUUGGCCCGAAGGCAUGCAUGCUUCAAAAUCCACAUACAGUAAUGCACAUUCAGGACCCCGCCAGCCAGAGACUGACAUGGAACAAGCCACCAAAGUAUCUUGAUGACAUCUCCAAUCGCGUAGACUUCAUCAUCUGUCUUGGCGGAGAUGGAACUUUGCUGUAUGCGUCUUCGCUCUUCCAGGAGAGUGUUCCACCAGUUAUGGCCUUCCACCUGGGCUCCCUGGGUUUCCUGACACCCUUCAAAUUUGACACCUACCAGUCUCAGGUCACCCAAAUUAUUGAAGGUAAUGCUGCCAUUGUCCUGCGAAGCCGCUUGAAAGUUCGGGUGCUUAAAGAGAACUGGGAGAAGAAGGCCAGAGUGGAUGAAAAGGGCAUCAUCCUGACUAAUGGGGAUAACGAAAGCAGCCGGAAAGCCGUGCAAUAUCAGGUACUGAACGAGGUGGUGGUGGACAGAGGGCCAUCCUCCUAUCUCUCCAAUGUCGACCUCUUCCUGGAUGGACACCUCAUUACCACAGUGCAGGGAGACGGUGUGAUAGUAUCUACACCUACAGGAAGUACAGCGUAUGCAGUGGCAGCAGGAGCUUCCAUGAUCCAUCCCAACGUCCCAGCCAUCAUGAUCACCCCCAUCUGCCCACACUCGCUCUCCUUCAGACCCAUCGUGGUGCCUGCCGGGGUAGAGCUCAAGAUAAUGCUGUCAUGUGAUGCCAGAAACACAGCCUGGGUGUCAUUUGAUGGAAGAAAGAGACAGGAGAUCUGUCACGGAGACAGUAUUACCAUCACUACUUCCUGCUUUCCCGUUCCCUCCAUCUGUUUCCGGGACCCGGUCAAUGACUGGUUCGAGAGCCUGGCCCAGUGUUUACACUGGAACGUGAGGAAGAAGCAGAACUACCUCAGCUCAGAGGACGAGGAGUUCUGAAGCAUCUUUAAAGUCUCCUCAGAAGUCUUAAGGACUCCUUCCUCUUGGUUAUAGCUUGACCAUGCUUCUGUGCCAUUUUGUCUUUGACGGAUAAAAGACAAAACGGUUUAGGUUUCGGCAAACUCCAUUCAAAAACAUCUGUCAUAUUAAUGUUGCCCUUCAUAUGUGUUAACAUUGUUCAGUAGUAACAUUCCAAGUAUUGGCCCGAACAGCUCUUUUGCUGCUGUCCUCCAUGUUGUAUUUUGCUGGAAUAAAUGUGUGGAAAUAAGAAGCGAACUAUAAAAAAAACAAAACAACAGGAGAUAGUUAGCUCUAGAGUCUGGUGAGAGGCUGGAAGCAUGUUAUUGGCUGAAAGGUGAGGAGGCGGAGACUGGUGACAACUCACUGCUUAAAUAGUGACAGUUUAAAAUAAAAGUCAUUUAGAAAACUGCUAAUAUGACACAAAGACAGGAUUUAGACCCCAACUCGUUUUAAAAUAAAAAUUGUAUAGUAAAAAAAAUUAAACUAUUAAAUUUGAAAAUUAUGAAGUAACAUUUCAUAAAAAUUAGUUUAGUUUUAAUAAUUCACACUUUGAGGUUCUAUAGAAAACAAGUCUGAAUGUUGAGCCUAAUCAAACUCACUGAUGCUACUCAGAGAACGGGGGUUACACAAGUAACAUACCUACAUUUGUAUGUCAGAGGUACGCAGCAUUAAUAAGGAGUCUGUAGAACACCCAGAAGAUAUUAUAUCAUGUUCUAAUGUGUAUGCACGUUAAAAUGGUGGACUUUGAAUGGAGUUUGGCCCCACUAUUGGUCCAGGACUGUGUGCUUUCCUUCUGUAUGCUGUGUAAACCGGCUAUGAAGUCAAAAAGCAGUUUGUAGAGAAAGUAAUCGGAAGGAAAAGGCAAGGCUUGGGAUGAACUUGGACUACAACUCUGAAGGUCAGUUGUGGAUAGCAGUUAUUGCAAUACUCUUUGAUGGUUUGUUUGAGCACUUUUAGGUCUUUAAGACGGAUGGCAGGGACACAUUACUACUUUUAUAAACAACAAAAAGCUAGUUCUUUCAGUAGCGGUAAAGGAUCAGUUGGAAUUAUCUGGACGAUUUAUCUGUUAAGUCAAACUUUUAAUUCUGUUUAUCAAAUCAGGAAAAACUGAUGUAAUGUCAUGAAUGCAUGACAAAUGUCUUACGCAAUUUUUAGGUGCACCCUGGGGAAGAGCACAUUUACAGUACAUCUACUUGGCAUUAGUGGCCCAACUAUACAGACUGUGCCUUAAACACUGGUAUCAUUAAUGUAUAGAAAUAUUAUUUUUCAAGGUUUACAUCAUGGUGAUGAUGUAAUCACACACUUGCACAGAUGUGUGAUUUGUGCAUUUUCAUUGUAACCACAUGUUGACUGUUGUCUUUGCUGUCUGCAGCGCAUGACACUUGACCAAUUGAGUUAUGCAGAACGUGUAACAUAGUCUCUGUUCUGCAGUCAUGUAGUCGGCGCAUUGGAUGACAUGUCAAGAAUGCGAGGAGGUGAUAUUCAAAGAGACCACAGUUCAAAUGUCUUCAGUGUCUUUUUAUUGUUUUUUUUGUUUUUUAAAUGUCGUCUAAGCCAUAGCUGAACCCUGUGUAGGUUUAAUAGACCAAUAUCUGUGGGCUGUGGGUGAUUUAAUGCUCUGUGUAGGGUGAUGAAUUGAAUUUUUCAGACUUGUCAGUUUGCUACAAGUUUGCCGCUCAAUAUGGCCUUCCUUGCAUAAAUGUUCAGAUAAUGUCUAGAUGUUAUAUUCAUUAUGAAUUGGUUUAACAAAUUGUGUCAGGGUGAAAAUAUGAAUGGUGGUGUACUGAAGUGGACCAACUAAGCUCCAAAAGGCAAUCAUUCCUUUACUGAGUAUGUGUGUGUGUGUGUGUAUAUGUGAUGCUUGAAUAAGAUGUAUUUUGUAAAGUAUAUGUUUAUUAACCCGUUUACAAUGUAUCAUUGCUGAAAAUAAAUCUAUUUGAUACUUUUUUACAUUAA